AUGGUUGUUACAGAAACCACUCACAGGAGGAAGCACGCUAAUAUUCCUCUGUCUCUUCCCGAAUACCCUAAUGCUCAUCAGUCUGCUUCCAAAAAGCCUGAUCAUUCUCAGUCUGGUUCUCAAGACCCUAAUACUCCUCAGCCAGACCCUCAAGACAAUAAUAAAGAGUUGGGCCCCGAAGAUCCCAGUACUCCAAAGUUUAGUCCCCAAUACCCUGAUACUCCGCAAUCUGGUCCCCAAGAACGUAAUGCUCCUCAGUCUGGUCCUGAGGACCCAGAUACUCUUCAGUCUGGUCCCCAAGACCAUAAUUCUCCUCAGUUUGGUUCCCAGCACCCUAAUACUCCUCAUUCUGAUACUGAGGUCUCUAAUGCUCCUCAGUCUGAUCAACAAGACCGUGAUAGUCCUUAG